GUGCUGAUUGAUGACAUGUGUUGCUCAUCAGGAAAAGUGCAACUACAUACCAGAAAUUGAGACACCACCAGAACCAUGGAACGGCUUGCUCAUCGGCACGGAUCCAAAUUCAAACAUGUUCCAUGCCCAUUCGGACAUUCAAUUCAUGCUACAGAAAGACAUUGUUUGGAGGAGCAGAAAUAGUUCUCAGCCCUGCGGAAAAUGGUUUGCCGGCCAGUUCAUCGUCAACGUCAGUUUGGGCACAGAUCUCUGGAUGAUGUGUGUCUCGAACCAGAUCUGCAUGCACUUUGGAUAUCUGGCCAAGAAGCUGGCCGCAUACCUUCCAAGUCGAGAACGAGAACGAGCGGAUUGUGAGUUCUUGUGCAGCUUCGUGCAGAAACAUCAGCAGAUCCUCAGGUUGCACAAGGAGGUGAAUCAGGUUUUUGGCCUCCUCUUGGCCUCCAAUCUUUUUACCACAGCCAGUCUGCUCUGCUGUAUGGCCUUUUACACCGUUGUCCAGGGUCUGAAUGCGGAGGGAAUAUCCUACAUGAUGCUCUUCGCCAGCGUUGCUGCCCAGUUCUAUAUGGUCAGCUCCUAUGGGCAGCGGCUUAUCGACUUGAGUUUCAGCAUUUCCAUGGCUGCCUAUCUUCAGAAUUGGUAUGAUGGAUCCAUACGGUAUAAGAAAGACCUCCUCCUUAUUAUGGCUCGCGCAGAGCGUCCAGCGGAGAUAUCUGCAAAGGGAAUUAUCGUUAUAUCCCUCGAUACCUUUAAGAUCCUGAUGAGCAUCACCUAUCGAUUCUUUGCGGUUAUUCGCCAAACUGUGGGAAAGUGAUCUGUUUCGAGAAUAACCAGAAAAUGAUGUAUUUUUUCUUCAGUUUUUAAAAU